UCUGGAGCCCGUAGAGAAGCCGUACGAUGGAAUCGCACAGUCAGUGCUCGCUGGGUUUGCCAGGUGGGACGGUGUGUACUUCACCCGCAUAGCGCUGUAUGGCUACGAGUAUGAGCAGUUCAAUGCAUUCUUCCCGGGUGUCCCCAUGGCGAUACGGGCUGUUUCCAGUACAGUGUUAGCACCAGCGCGUGGCUAUAUCUCCCAGUACUGGAUAGCCGUAUUGGCUGGGUUGUUGAUCGCUAAUUGCUGCUUUGUGGCCGCUGCUGAUUACCUCUAUCGGCUAGCCAUAUUGUUAACCAAAGAUGAAGUGAUAGCCUUCCGCAGUGUGGUUAUGUUCAUUGUCAACCCUGCGUCUGUGUUCAUGUCGAGCGUCUACACGGAGAGCCCUUUUGCUUUGACCACAUUCGCAGGAUUGUACUAUCUGGAAGGCUCGCACUUCCUGCUAUCGGGGUUGUGUUUUGCUCUGGGGAGUGGUAUAAGAGGUAACGGGAUUGUCAACGCGGGAUUUCUGUUAUAUGCCAUUGGUACCGAAUUUUACAACAGGCGCUACUUCCGGCUCAUCGGGUUGUCUCCAUGCUUCCUCGAAGUAAACAGUAUAUCGAAGACAGAUGGAACAUCUUGUACAACCAAUACGCUCGCUGAUAGUAAAGAUGAGAAUACGAAGUUGGGGCGGGAAGGGACGGUGAAUAGGCGUAAGAGUCUGACACGCCUCACGCUGGCCUGUGCAACCACCCUCCUGCCGUUCGCCCUAUUCCAGUACCACGGCUACUAUCAGCAGUGUGUCCUUCACCAGACUCCAAGCCCAUACUGUACACAGGACACCACACUGCUGCUCUACUCGUUUAUCCAGAAGCACUACUGGAACAACGGGUUCUUGACCUUCUGGGAGUGGAAGCAGGUACCGAACAUUGCGCUGGCAACGCCCUUGGCGGCGCUGUGUUGUGGGUUGGUGUAUACCUACACGGCACACGUACGGGGACACCUGCAGGUCACUCACGCCAACACCGCCGAGGAUAAGACAAACACCACUUAUAUACAGCGCUUAACACACUACAUGCUAAGAAGGGAUGAUCCUGCACGGCGUGUGAGCAUCUCAGUGUGUACAGCGACGCCCAUGGAUUGGAGGGCGAGUCCCCGGUUGUGCGUGUAUGUUGCGCACCUGGCCUUCCUGGUGGCGUUUGCGCUGGGGUUCAUGUAUGUGCACUGUAUCACACGCUUCAUCGCGGCUUCCACGCCUGUGGUAUACAUCCUGGUCGCACAGUCGCGCGACUGGGCAGACGUGUGGGUGGCGUAUGGGUUGGUGUACUCAGUGUUGGGUGCCUGUCUCUUUCCUAACUUCUACCCAUGGACCUGAUGUGUCUCUAUCUUGGCUUGUGCCCCUGGGUCGGAUUGUGUGUUCAAAGGUGUAGAAAAUUUUAUGCAUCACAUGUGAUUGCCUCCAGCAACACGACACGUGCGUGAAGUAUAGGAAUCCGAAGCGUCUCUUAAGCUAGCCUUCUUGAUUAAGUUUCCCGACGCGGGGGCUCUAGGUACUGAAUAUUUGGUAUACAUCCGAGCUAGCAUCCAGAUGCGUUUAUCGCUGAGCAAAAAAAAUGAAUGCUCGGCUAGGUAGCGUUUCUUUACCCGAGCUAUCUGCCAUCCAUUUGUAAGAUGGGCUGAGGGAGUCUUGAACUCGUGGUACGUACCCAACCCAACUACAGUAUUGAGAUAAUCGCGGAGAAGCAUUCGACGGAAAGCUCAGUGAACAAACGAACUGAAUUUAGCAUGUGAGACUCGUAGAGAAUAUUAUUAGGAGCGUCAAACCCUUGGCGCUUAUCUUGCUGUAUAGGCGAGUGUUCAAUACGUGCGCAGAACACCGGAUGGUGAUGCCAAACAUUGUUAUCGCAACAUUCCGGUCGAAACUAAGUUAAUAUUGUACACCAAUUCAUCUAGUGUCUAUUAUCACUAUAGGGUUUAUCAAUACUCAACUGAUAUAUAACGACUAGCACCUGCAACAAACACAUAUAGGUGUAAACAAACAAACGGCGACACAUCAACAUCCAUAGACAUUCGACCAUCUGAUUCGCUGACUUAACAGCCGUUUGUCCAACUACGGAACCAGCCACAUGCAAUUGAGGCAGAUCCUGUCAAACAGCUCGCAUCAUGUCUUUUCCCUGGGUAAACAGCACACGUACCCGAGUAAUAUUGUUUACCAGUAUGAAAGGAAGGACUUCCGUCUGUAAAAUCGCUAUCACAUCCAAAGAGCAUAGUUUAUAAACUUAGCUUUUGGC